AUGGAAGAAUGGUUUAAUAUGUGCGACCACUGCCAUGUGCACUUGAGUUCCUCCUCCCACACCAACUUACUCCCGUCUCCCAACGAUGGCAAGCUGAAUGUCAAAUGCUCCCUGUGCAAACUGAUAUGCAGUUACCAGAUAGAGUUGGACGAGGAUACCUCUAGCUCUAGCUACAUGACACCACCUGCCAGAAGUCGUCUUCAGCACUCUAAUCUUGGGAUAUCUCAAUUGUCGUAUGCCACUGGCCACUCUCAAGGAGAUGGAGAUCAAAGCAGUAUUCAAGGGAUCUCAGGUUCUUUAAGUGAUUUAUCCUUGAGCAGAUAUGCUGUAUCUCAGAUGAGCACGAGCCCUGCUUAUGAUGACAAAGAUGUUACAGCUUAUGAUGGCAAAGAUGUUACAGAUGGUAAAUUUGGUGAGGAUUCUCAUAAGGGAUUUAUCCAUCGCACACUAAUGAAAUUGAAGCUUUCACCCGAAGAAAUAGAUGAGCUGAAGAAAAAAUAUGUUAUUGCUGAAAGUGUGAGCCCAAAGGUGGCCCUGGAGAAGGUUAAUGAUGCACUAUCAACGUGGAGUCCGGAUGUGGGGAGAUACAAAUUAAGGAUGCCUGGUAAAGCUAAAGAGGGUCUGUAUGUAUAUGAUGAUACUUUGGGUCAGAUCUGUCGCUUGAGAAAGAAGACCUACCUUGUCGCUCGUCAGAAGUCUCUUAGGUUUGGAGAACUUCUGUUAAUCAUCAAAGGAUUGCUGAAAACACACACAUUUCUUCGAUUGCGAUUGCUUCAUUACAUGCACCCUCAACUUUGUCGUAGCACAACUCCAGAGCAAUCAAUGGAAUUGUUGCGUCAAACAGCUGCGGAAUUAUCUGUUUUGCUUGAGGUAUCUAGGGAGUCUUUGAAUCUGACAGCAUCUCCUCAGGGUGUGACCGUUGGACCUGCAAUUCUGUAUGUUGGCGGCAAGGAGCUAAUUGAUUGCAAUCAUGGCGGAGCAAGCGGAAAUCUUAUUCCUUGUGAGGCAGAAACCAUAGACAAGAUAGAGGCAACAGAAGGUGUAGAUAUUGAGUAUGUUCUUCUUGUGGAGAAGGACACGAUAUUUCAGUAUCUUGCGAGCCGAAAUUUCCACAAGAAGAACAACUGUGUCCUAAUCACAGGAGGAGUACCAGAUGUGUAUACAAGAAUUCUGUUACGGAAAUACAAUGAUCUCCUCAGUGUUCCUAUCUAUGCUCUGAUGGAUGGGAACCCAAGUGGUGCUCAAAUAUUUAGCACCUAUUGCUUCGGAUCUAAUGAGAAGGCCCAUGAGAAUUUAUUUCUGACAGUACAAGGACUUGACUUCAUUGGUCUUUUUGUGAGAGAUAUUCUUCCAGAAAACAGAAGUGCCUUGACUGAAGAUGAUCAGGACACUCUUUCAAGUUUGCUGAAGACGAAGUAUAUUGAUAGAAUUGAAGGUUUGAGAAGCAACCUAGUAUUCAUGGAUGAAACAAAGUCUAAGGCGGACAUUGAGAUGAUGAUGAGGCAGCAAAGCUUAGAGUCUUACAUUCUAAAAAGUGUACAAGCAGCCAAGAAUAGAAGGAAAGUGCAGCCAAUCAAGAUUUAA